GGUUAGUGGUUCUGCUAAGGAUGUCCUGGCGUGCAGCAGAUGGAUUUGCGGAUGUGCAGAGAGACCAUGGGGACAAAUUAAAAAUAAACUAGUCAGCGGCAGUUCCCAUCCUCCGGCGUACCCCCCACUGCCGCUGCCAUGGCGGGGCUCCUCCUGCUGCUGGUGCUUGUCUGCGCGGCUUCUGCAAACCCAGCAGCUGAGGAGGGUUUAGCGGCAAGUCCGAGUGCCCGGGAACCGGAGCCGGAGAGCGGGAGGAUGGGCCUGGAGGACCUGGAGAAAAGCGGGCUGCAGCUGGAAGAAUCGGGCACUGAGCAGCACCAGGAAUCCUACAGCACCUUCGCCGCUGAAUUCUUCGAGACCCGGUACUGGGGGGAUGAAGGUUAUGCUUUCCCAUCCCCUCCUCCAGUGGAUCCUUUUGCAAAAAUUCGGGUAGAUGAUUGUGGAAAAACUAAAGGCUGCUUUAGGUAUGGGAAACCUGGCUGUGAUGCAGACACGUGUGAUUACUUCCUCAGUUACCGCAGGAUAGGUGCUGAUGUGGAAUUUGAACUAAGCGCUGAUACAGAUGGUUGGGUUGCAGUUGGAUUUUCAUCAGACAAACUAAUGGGAGGUGAUGAUGUAAUGGCCUGCGUGCAUGAUGACAAUGGCAGAGUUCGAAUCCAGCACUUUUACAAUGUCGGACAGUGGGCCAAAGAGAUAAAAAGAAAUCCAGCCAGGGAUGAAGAAGGCAUUUUUGAGAACAACCGAGUGACUUGCCGAUUUAAACGACCGGUCUAUGUCCCUAGAGAUGAAACCAUCAUUGAUCUUCAUUUGAGCUGGUACUAUUUAUUUGCAUGGGGACCUGCCAUACAAGGCUCAAUCACUCGACAUGACAUUGACUCUCCACCAGUAUCUGAAGAUGUUGUCAGCAUCUACAAGUAUGAAGAUUUAUUUAUGCCUUCUGCAGCUUAUCAAACCUUCUCCUCUCCUUUCUGCCUGCUUUUAAUUGUUGCUCUGACAUUCUACAUACUAAUGGGGACUCCAUAACUAAGUCAAUGCACUAACAGAUUGGCUUAAAGCAUACUUGACUGUGGAGAAUUUCAGCAGGAGUGAAAUGAAUACACAAGCUCUGUUUGGAAUAAAUUUUCUGAUGGAGCACCAACUGAAAAUGUACAAUUUCACAAAUAUUUGUUGGGAAGUGAUCAGCAAAUUGUCAAAUGAUAAAUACCCUUGGGUAGCAAGAGUUUGAGCCCUGUAAGGCAUGUUUGUAGAACAAUUGUAGAUUGACAGAACUGUACAAUGUGUUUCCUUGGUCUAGGAACAGUAUGCACUAUUUUUUUCAGUCAUUAAGUCAGCAUACGCUGCAAGUGCCAAGAAGCCAAUUCUAGAAGAGCUAAUAACGUUAUUCUAAAUGUAGGUUCCUAGCUAACAUGCAGCUUAGGUUGGUUGUUGUGCCUGUAUUUUGUAAGAUCUUUUGUCUUAUACUGUUCGAUGAAAAUUCGUUGUACCAGAUAUUGUCACUUUUAGCUGUUAAGUUUAGCCAAAUCAAAAAUGAAAAGAAUGUUUGAACAAAUACAAGCAUUUCUAAAAUUCUGUGUAAAUAACUAGUCUAGAAGCUGUUCAUAUUUAUUUACAGAGGAUUCAAAUUGUAGUGAAAUAUUAAUUUCUUUCAAAGCUUUUACUUUGUAUAAAGGGUAAAACAGCUAACAAAUUAUUAAUGUAAUAUAAUUCAAGAGCCAACAAAACAGUUGAAAUGUAGAACAAGCUUAAAUGGUCAAGUAGUUCUCAACAAUUAGGUUUGUCAAGUAACUCUUUUGCUAAAGGUUUCCGAUUAUCUAAAAUAAUGUGCAACUGCAUCUCAUUAUUACCAACGAAUAGUAUUUUGAAAUCUAGAAAGAGUAUUCUACAAAAGGGAUUGAGACAAAAAACUGGUGAUAAUAUUAUUAAAAUAAAUGAACUUCACUGUGGACUCUAUUCGUUGUAAAUUAAGAUCUCAUUGUUUUUAUGAUAAAAAGAACAGAUUAUUCUGAAAGCUAUCUCUUCCUCUUUAAUCCCACAAGCAGAAAAUUGCAGGUUAUAAGUAAAUAUGACAUAUAAUGGCUGAAUUUUGGGGGACUGAAUUUCUAAUAGAGGGGGAUAGGUGAACAUUUAAUCAUUGAUGGGAGGGUGAUUUUAGAGAAGUGGGCAAGAGGGUUUUUAUACAGUGAACAGGAAGGUGAUGGAAAGAACUGACAAAUGGGUAAGCAUUUGAAGAAUAAUAGGAUUUAUUCAAGCAGUCCCUAUAUUUAUACUUGCCAACAUUUGAUUAAAGAUUGUGCCUAUAAUGAAUUUUAAAACUUAUAAACAAAAUUAAACUCUAUCCGUAAGUUCUAGUUGCCCAAACAUAAUAUGCCAACAGCUAAUCAGAUGCUCUCAAUUUCCUCUGCUAAUCAAACUUCUAUUUCAUGCUAUAAUUCUAUAGUUUACAAUUGAUCAGAGGACUGUAUACCUGCAAGCUAUUUUGAUAAUUGAACAUGCUGUUAUCGAUUGUAUCCAAUUUCAGUGGCAUUUAUAAUUCUUCUUGUUAAAUCUGUGGUUUAUUGUCUAAACAAACUAAGUUAAAAUGUGAAGAUAUUCAGUUCCUCCUUUCUUACAAAGAAACUUGUACUCCUUCCUCACAUCUUAUCUAUUCGAUCCCUGCUGGGUGUUUAUGUUCACAUUUUAUGCCAUUUAAACAGGUAAUAAAUAAAUCAACUAAUUUUGCCAUUUGCAGUAUUCCCACAAUGAAAAAACAUUACUCGGUUCUGACUAACCAUUACUGUCUCAUAUUUAGAUUCCUUAGCCUCACUGAGAAGCAAAUCUAGUAAACAUAAUGUUCAACAAAAUUCCCUGAUUGACCUAAUUAGCUUACUCCAAGACGGCCUUCUGAAUCAUUAAUCCAUGUCAGUGGAAGCAAAGGUUACGACAACUCUGAAUUUUAAGCAACUGCUGGUAUCCAGACAUUCAUUGGAAAUAUAUCAAUGCUGUCAGUUGUUGCUUUUGUGAAGUUCAUUAUUCCUAUGCACACAGCCAUAUAAUAUUCAGAGGUAGCAACAGUUCAGUCACAUUGGUGUGCAUCCCAAUUAAAUGCCUACAGUAGAAACACUUUUAUUUAAAGACAACCCAAUUUGUCUAAACUUUGCAGGUAGGAAUUAUUUAGACUGGGUCCUUGCAGGCAUAAAGUAUGAAGUGUAAGGGCUGUCCGUACUAAACAUUGAAAAUAUAAUGCAUAUGCCUCAGCAAUGGUUCUGAAGACUGGAGAGUUCUUUGAAGCACUUCUGAAACCUAGUCUGCUCAGCUGCACGGAG